GUUCAACCAUUACUCAAUUCAACCAUCAGACCAACUCACUCUCCUCCACCACCACAACCACUAUCACAACCACACUAGAGCCCACCUCAACCACAAUGGCCAUUGACAAGUCCUCCACCUGCUGCGGCAAGUCCGCCUCUUGCGUCUGCGCCCAGCAAGCCAAGUGCUCCUGCGGCAAGCAGUCGGCCCUGCACUGCACGUGCGACAAGUCGGCCUCGGAGAACGCCAUCUCGGGCGCCCGCUGCUCGUGCCGCGCCCGCCCCGCCGGCGGCUGCAACUGCGACCGCGCCAGCACCGAGAACGCCAACCCCGCCGGCGAGACGUGCAGCUGCGGCCGUCGCUCCGCCGACGCGUGCACCUGCGAGAAGGCCGCCGACGGCACGUGGGACCCUUCGGAGCACGAGAUUGACUUCACUACGAAGCGGUAGAUUGUCUUCCCGUCUCGAGGGGUGUUGGGAUGGAUCGUGGGCUUGGGCUUCAUGGAGUUUGGGUGCGGGGCAAGACAAAGGCCUGGGUUAGGGUUACUCAGGUAUCAUCCAUCGGCGUUUUAGGUUUUUCUUGGGGGGGUCAUUGGAGCGGCCGGGAGAGCUGCGAUAGAUACCACUGGACCGAAAAUGAUACUUCUUAUUCGACU